GUGUGCGCGCGCCCCUGCGGAGGCGUGCUCGGAUUGGCUGGGUGCCGCGAGGCGGCCGGGGACCGUUGGAGCGGGGAGGCUGAGGCGUUUGGCUGUCCGUGUCCGCUGAGGCGGCGGCCGCAGCCCGGAGCCCGAACGUAGCCUCCCGCUCCCGGGACCCCCGACCGCCGCCCCGGCAGAGAUUGUCUUUAAAUGUUUGAAGAAGGAACUGAGCCCAGGAAAGUUGCCCUGAGAGGCUUCUCAGUGUAAUUCAGAAUGAUUGAGGAGAGUGGGAAGAGGAGGAGGACAAUGGCAGAGAAGAGACAGCUGUUCAUGGAAAUGAGAGCACAGAAUUUUGAUGUCAUCAGACUUUCAACGUAUCGAACAGCCUGUAAACUGCGGUUUGUACAAAAAAGAUGUAAUCUUCAUCUUGUUGAUAUCUGGAAUAUGAUUGAAGCCUUCCGAGAUAAUGGCCUUAACACUUUGGAUCAUAACACAGAGAUCAACGUGUCUCGACUAGAAACAAUCAUUUCAUCCAUCUACUACCAGCUAAACAAACGCCUUCCUUCUACUCACCAAAUCAGUGUAGAGCAAUCCAUCAGCCUCCUCCUCAACUUCAUGAUAGCAGCGUAUGACAGUGAGGGCCAUGGGAAGUUGACGGUAUUUUCAGUGAAAGCUAUGUUAGCUACAAUGUGCGGCGGUAAAAUACUGGACAAGCUAAGAUAUAUUUUCUCCCAAAUAUCAGAUUCAAACGGACUAAUGAUAUUUACAAAGUUUGAUCAGUUUUUGAAAGAAGUUCUAAAACUUCCAACGGCUGUGUUUGAGGGGCCUUCCUUCGGAUACACGGAGCAUUCCGUACGGACCUGUUUCCCGCAGCAAAAAAAGAUCAUGCUAAACAUGUUUUUAGACACAUUGAUGGCUGAUCCACCUCCUCAGUGCCUUGUGUGGCUGCCUCUCAUGCACAGACUUGCCCACGUUGAAAAUGUCUUCCAUCCCGUGGAAUGUUCGUACUGCCGCUGCGAGAGCAUGAUGGGUUUCCGGUACCGAUGCCAGCAGUGCCACAACUACCAGCUCUGUCAGAACUGUUUUUGGCGUGGCCAUGCAAAUGGUCCUCAUAGCAACCAGCAUCAGAUGAAGGAGCAUUCCUCUUGGAAAUCGCCUGCGAAGAAGCUGAGCCAUGCAAUUAGUAAAUCGCUGGGCUGCGUACCAAGCAGAGAACCGCCUCGUCCCGUAUUCCCUGAGCAGCCAGAGAAGCCACUUGAUCUUGCACAUAUAGUUCCUCCUCGGCCUCUGACUAACAUGAAUGACACCAUGGUGACCCACAUGUCCUCUGGAGCACCUACACCCACAAAAAGGUUACAGUGCAACCCGGACACUGCCGGCCCGUUAGCAGACGAGCAUGCACUGAUAGCAACCUAUGUGAACCGGCUGCAGAGUGGUGCACGUGUCCUGGACAGCCCCGGCAGGCUGGACGAGGAGCACAGGCUGAUUGCCAGAUACGCCGCCCGGCUGGCUGCCGAAGCUGGAAAUGCACCUCGCCCACCCACAGACCUGGGUUUCAGCUUUGAUGCCAAUAAACAGCAAAGACAGCUGAUCGCAGAGCUGGAAAACAAAAACAGAGAGAUACUCCAAGAAAUUCAGCGUCUCAGGCUGGAACACGAACAAGCCUCGCAACCCACCCCGGAGAAAGCCCAGCAGAACCCAACUUUAUUGGCUGAACUCCGGCUGCUACGACAGAGGAAGGAUGAAUUGGAGCAGAGGAUGUCUGCACUGCAAGAAAGCAGAAGAGAACUGAUGGUGCAGCUGGAAGGGCUGAUGAAACUGCUCAAAGAAGAAGAGCAAAAGCAGGCAGCGCAAGCAGCAGGCUCGGCACACUCCUCGCCCACCCACGGAGGCAGCCGCCCCAUGCCCAUGCCCGUCAGAUCCACCUCCGCCGGCUCUACCCCAACUCACGUCCCGCAGGACUCGCUCGCAGGUGUCGGGGGAGAGGUGCAGGAAGCUUUCACACAAGGUACGAGGAGGAACCUCCGCAACGACCUGCUGGUAGCGGCCGACUCCAUCACCAACACCAUGUCAUCGCUGGUGAAGGAGCUUCAUUCAGCAGAGGAAGAAGAUGAAGAAGAAACAGCAAAAAUGCAGAAUGGGAAGGACCGAGGUUAGACAGACGACUGAAGGCUGUACAGUAAUUCAGGCACGGAGGGUUGCGCUUACGAUCGAGAGACAUCUCCCCAUCCUUUGGAAGAGGCACGUUUCAGCUGAUACAUUCACCAUCGUGCAACUGUGACCGACCUCAACCACCCGCUGACGAAAGCGACUUUCUCUGAACCGCCUGGAGGGCUCUCCCCGUGGGCAUUUGCCUCUUAGGUCAUUGCAUGUACUAUUUUCCUCCGUGUGUCAAUAAUCAGACAGUGCCCCACCAAACUCGGCAAUUUAUGGGAGGUUUGACAAAAAAAAAAGAGACACGAAGGGAAAGCCAAUACUCCCCGCUCCUGCUAAGUGUGCUGAUCUUUUCUGAUUGCCUCCCAAAUGGUGUCAUCGUCGCGUCACACGCUGAUUGUUUCCUCUGAUGCCCCUCGGUUUGCAUGAAAUAAUGGGUGCAGAGGCUCCGGGGUCCCCUCGCGUGUGCCACGGAGGGGAUUCCGCCUUCAAAAAACCCACCUUCUCAAAACACCGCUGUCUAUCAGUGUCUGGUUGCCAUCGUGCGUGACGUCGCCUGUCGUCCUGGGGGUGAGCGGCAAGGCGCGUCACGGGCGGGGGGUGCCCCGCCAGGAGGGGCGUCCCAGCGGCAGCAGGGCCGGGCCACCAGCCGCCGCCUCCCGGUGUUCCUGGCUCUGCGUCUCUUCAGGCCAUUAAAACAUUCCCCUUUACAAGCAGGGAAUUCAGGGACGGCCAUUGCUAGGCUUAGGUUAGCACCUCUGCAUUCGUUUUCAGGAGGCGACUGCAGUUUUGUUUAAAAUCAAGCGAAAUAAGCAAGUUGUUUGUCUGGGGCUGGCGGCUCACCGCUCUCUGAUCCUUGCUAGGCUUUUCUUCCAUAGCUGCUUAGAAAAUAUUGUAAUCAGUUCCAAUCACUUGCGAUUUUUUUUUUCCUUGGUGUUUAGGAAUGUUAUUUUUAGUGGAGGGAGCUGAGUGCCCUAAUGCAUCUAUAAAUAUUUAUCAAGGGUGAUGAAUGGAAAGGAGCGAUAAACCCUGAAGCCAGCCCUCAGCUUUUCUUCCUGUCUGAACCGAUACGCGGCCUCGGUUCUCGGUGGAAAGUGCUCACUGGGCACCUACAGCCCUUGGGGAGAGAGAAAAUAAACACACGUGGUGGCCACAGAUUUAGUUGAAUAUAAAUAUUGUGAAUGAGCUGUCAAGAAGGAAAGGAAAGUGAUGAUAACCUGGUGCAGCGUGUUAGCUUUAGCCUGCCAAACACAGCGCGCUCGCAGGGAUGGGGAAGGCUUCAUGUGCGUUUUUCGGCUGAAUUUGCUGAAUUAGGACCUGCAGCGGCUUUGGCUGCGGCUACGGGCGGGUUCGAGCACUGAAAAUAGGAAUGUCUUGCGGAUGGCAGUGCUCAGGGACCCGCUGGGGCGGCGAAGGCCGUCGGCAGCUGGUGGCAUUACGGCUGCGCGGGCAUCGGGGUCUUCCCGCUGACCAGAGGCGAGCGCGCACGGCGAGGCUUGCGUCGCGCCGGCGGGAUCUCCUGGCACCUCGUGCGGCCAAGAACCUGGGGGUGCCCAGCCGAGCCCCCCCGGGUCCGGCGUCAGAGCUGCGGGUGUCCUCCGGGGACUGGGCGUCUGCACGGGCGGCGGUGCCGGAGGUGGGGGGAGGCGCCGCGGGCACCCCGGCGCGGUGGCGGGAGAGCCCCUGGCAGCCUGUGGGAUGGCGGGGUGCAAAUCGUUGCCUCCAGAGAGGUGCCAGUGCCCAAAACAUGGCACAGAGCGGGAAGGAAGGGAUGAAUUCACAUCUCCUGUAGCCGCCGGGGAAGCACGUUGCUCACGAAGCCUGGAUCACAGGGGAGCAUCACGUUUGCUGCUUUUUUCCUGUUAUUACUCACCCUGCGACUUUCCUUUCUCACUUUUGCUACCACGAUUGCCGGGAGGCAAAGCCUCCUGCCGCAGCCGCCACCUCGGCCGCGAGCAUCUCUGCGAGCCUGCGGUCCGGCCGCAGCUGGAGGAGGCGCGGGUGGCACCGCCGGGACCUGCCACGGCCGCUCCGGCUGGCCGGGCACUCGGAGGGCAGGCGCCGGGGACGCCCACCCCGCGGGGCUCUUGCAGCCAGCGGUGCCGGUCGCAGGGACGGCGACAGCCCGGGGGGCGUCUGGGCUCGGUUCGGAAAACCCGGCGGGGUUUUGUACUGAGGCAGCCGGGAUAUCGUCUGUGCGUGUUAGAUGUGACCCUGCGCACCAAAGCUCUGCAUUACCUCACCCACGGUGCCAUUUAUUUUAUCUGGGAAAGUGUUUUCACAGAUGCUUUGUAUUGUUGCAAGGCUGGGGCUGCAGGUUGGUGUUGGCUGCUGCCGGGAGGACGGCAUUCGCCCGGCAAGCUGCCGCUGGCACGAGAGGAACCUGUGCCGCCCCGAUGUAGAGGGUUCUGGAAAGGCCGUGGUCCUGCCGGCUCGGCUUUGGUAACGUGCACCCUGCAGCCAGCAAGAGCACCCAGGCGCCGGGAGCGGUGGGGAGCGAUGGGGAGCGAGGGCAGCCGCUGGCCGGGGCCGGGCUGCUUGCGUGCAUCGCCAAGGCCUGAGCUUAAUUGCGCUUGUCCUCGUCAGCCUGCUGCCCGUGGCGUCGCUCUGCCGUCGGCUCCGAGGUUACGGGAGCGACGCCGCAGGGUCCCCGCGGCGGGGCGCGGCGAUGCCCAGGAGAGCGUGGUUAGCGGGGCUGGCGGUGCCCUGGGCGGGCUGUGGCGACAUGUCACCCAAGGGUGUCGUUUAGGGAGGCCACCACCGGUCCCCAGACCCUGUUGGUGCAGCCCAGCCGGCGCAGGCUGUCUGGCUGCCCCGGCGGCUGCCCUCGCCGUGCACCAGUCUGGCGCUGGGGUAGGCAGCGCGGGCUCAGAGCAGGGCUUGGGGCACGGGCUGGUCCAGCGGGGCCUGGGAAGCACCGGGACAAGCGCGGAUUAUGGGGUCCGAGCUGUGCCGUGGCCGUCAAGGGGGUUCCUGUGCCAGGCGGGAUGCCCGGGACCAUUUUGCACCCCAGUAACACCAGGCACCUCCUCCAGUAACAGGCUGGGGCAUUGUGUAGGGGAAAAUCCACCCCCCACCCCAGCUUGCCUAAGGGUAACUUUGAAACCUGCUUAUGAACUUUUGUUUGCCUUUGGAAUAAUCGCCUUAAACCCCCCCGGGAGGAAGAGUUCAGGCUUUAAUAUGUGUCCCCAGGCUGUGUCCUGGCCCAGCCCCAGCGUGCGCGGGGGUUCCCGAGGCCGGUGGCACCGUGCUGGAAGGACCGGCCGCUCGCCCCAGCCCUUGCUCAGCUGCAUCCCGGAGGCUGCCGGGGAAAUGUGCCGGGGUCAGAGCCAUGUGCGUGCACGUGUGCACGUGUGCACGUGCGUGUGUAAGCACCCACAGACACUGCAGGCAGCGUGUGGCGUGCCGGGGCUGCUCUCGGGAGAUCUGCUGGGUCCCAGCACGCCUGCUGGAGCCUCCCUGCCCGUCUCCGCUGCCCCGCGUCUGCCCACAGCCCUGAGGCUGCCGGUAAAAAAUAAAUAACCACAGAUACGGUUCUUUCCUUUCAAAUUUGGGGGUUUAUUUUAUGCAACCGGAUGGUCAUUUUUUGUUACGAGCCAGCAAUGGGAGUCACCAGCAAAGAGCGGGGCCGUAUCCAGAGCCCGGGGAGGAUGGCAAGGCCCCGUGCAGAGCCCCGCCGGGCACGGUGCUGCCAGAGCUGUGCCGGUACAGGCAGGGCAGGGGCCGUGGUGUCGGGCAUUGCUGCUGAAUCCUGGGGACAGGGCGCUGAGACAGGCCGUAGGGGAAGCGCUGCUGAUUGCUCUCCGGUGACUUUGCCCUGUCUGCGCUGUAAUUCCCUCGCCAGCACUGACCAAACCGCCUGCUGUCGCCCCGACAGCCUGCGACGCUGCUGGGUCCGGCACCGCUUCCGCAGCCGCCUCGCCCGGGUUUUCCUGGGAGAAAGACUCCGCUCCCGGGGGCGGCCGGUCCCCAGCGCGGGGCCGCUGCCUCGGUGGUGAUGGGAAGGCCUGCCGGCGCUGCGGCGUAGCCACGGCGGCUGUAAUUAAACCUCCUCUUCAAUUCCCACUCGGGCUGAGCACGGGCUGGGGCAGAGCUGUGGGGCUCACGGUGCCUUGUCCCACCGGGCAGGGCUGGCCGGCAGCCCCCAUCAGAUUUGGGUUGCGAUGAAACUUUGCCUUUUCCUUAGGGCAAAACCCGCCUGAGCGAAAAAGCAAAACGCCACCUAAAAAUGUUUUCUCAUGGGAAACUUACCCGGACAGAGCCAUGUCCCUGCGUUGGCAUCCCCAGCCGGUGCCGUGGUGCUGGGGUUAAUGCCAGGAGAGGGGAACCCCCAGUUCUCGUGGGGUGGGGUGCAGUACGUCCCACAGCCGGCUGGUCUGUCGGCGGUGUGCGAAAGGAGGGCGGUGGCUUUGGCUGCUCGGAGGCUCCCCGAGCCCGGGCGGUGCCCCGGGGUGAGCACGGGAGCGAGCGGGAGCAUCCCGGGGAGCGGUUGGCAAACCCGUGCUGGAGCCGAUGCUGGAAGCAUGGGGAAUGUCUCUAACAGAAACCUGUAAACUGGAAGCCAUGUUCUGUCAUCUGCCAAAUAUUUAAUAAAUUCAUCUCAUCCCUA